UAUAUCCCGACGAUUCAAGUGUAGUACCGUUAAAACGACGCUCCACGUCGGACACGCGAGAGUUUUAGCUGAAAAUUUGAAUUUUUUUAUUUACCACCAACUCACAAAUUCAAAUGAUAAUAAAAAAAAACAUAGAUCCAUUUUUUAAUAUUUUUUUCAUUCAAUAAAUUUUAUUAUUAUUAAAAAAAAAUUAUUUAAUAGCACAAAAUUAUUAAAAUAAAAAAUGAAUGGAAAAUUAAUAUAAUAAUUUAAAUAAUCUAUACUAAUUAUAAAAAUAAAUUUUUAAAUUAAGCCUAUGAAAUUUUGAAAAAUCAAAAAUAUUUAAUUUAUAUUUUUUUUAUCAGUAUCUAAUUUUUUUGUUUUUUUUUAAUAAUAAAUAAAAGAAUCAAUGAAAGUCUUAUACAUAUAAGUAUAUGAAAAAUAUAUGUACAUAUACAUUGAUAUAUAAAUGAACUGUUAAUUCUGCAUUAUAAUCGACAAAACAAAUAUGAUUGAAAAAUAUGAAAGAUCCAUAAUUUAUAAUUAACAAGUGUGUCUUUAAAAUUCGCAUUGAAUAAUCGGAGUGAUGGUAAAUUUAUAUAAACAGUGAGAAAUCAAAAAUGAAUAAUAUGUAAAAUAAUACUUAGCGAGAGAUCACUUGUUAUCUCAGUCAUUAAUAUUUAAUUGAUUGGAUAAAUUUCAAAUCCAACAUUUAAAAUUGUAAAUUUAUGGUGACAAAUUAAAAUAGUUUUAAGACGUGGGCGUUUUAAUGCUUCUAGUUUUCUUACGUGACUGAUGAUAGUUUUCCAUGCAAUAUCGGAGAAAUUAAUUUUAACGACUUGAUCAAAAAAGUGAACUAGUUCUCAAAAAUCAUUUGGUUGGAUAAACCGGAGAAAAUAAAAUAGCACCAUGUCUGCGCACGAUAUUGAUUUCAACAGUCCGAGUAUUCAACAAAGAAUCCUUGAAUCGCAGGCACAAUUAUGCAACAACGGUUCGACACCUGAAGCUGGUUGGUGUCCUGAAACUUGGGACAGCAUUCUUUGUUGGCCACCCACUGCACCCAACGAGCUUGCGGUACUUUCAUGUCCUCACUACAUCGCCGGGUUCGAUUUACAGGCAAAUGCCACAAGACAGUGUAUGUCAAACGGACAGUGGUAUUGGAGCGCAGAAACAAAUAGUACCUGGAGUAACUACACGGAAUGUUAUAAUGCUCAGCUUGUAACUGUACUAAUGGAUUUACCAGAGAUGCAGUCGGAUAAUGCAACACUUGUCAAGAAAUAUCUGCCAGUAGUUAAAAUAAUAUCAACAGUUGGUUACGCCGUGUCAUUGUCAGCUCUCAUUGUUGCGUUCUGCAUCUUAGCAAUAAUAAAAAAACUACGAUGCCCGCGAAAUAUGCUUCACAUGCAUCUAUUUGCAUCAUUCAUAAUGCGAGCAUUUAUGGCAUUGCUCAAAGAAAUAAUUUUCAUCUCCGGUCUGGGUCUUUCUUCAGACGUUCUUAUAAAAAAUGGAGAGAGUUACUGGCUUGUUGAUGAUAUUGAAAGUAAUUGGCAUUGCAAAGCAUUCACUAGUUUCUGGCAGUACGCUAUACUUGCAAAUUACUCGUGGAUAUUGAUGGAGGGUCUCUAUCUCCAUAAUCUUGUUUUUUUUGCGUUAUUUACCGACUCUAAUUCCAGUAUCGCUGGUUAUGUUGCUCUAGGAUGGGGUUUUCCAGUUAUAUUUGUAGUACCGUGGAUAUUUAUGAGAGCGUCGAUUGAAGAUACGUUUUGCUGGACUACCAAUGAAAAUCCAUAUGUUUUUUCUGUUAUUCGUAUUCCGAUAAUACUUUCAGUAUUAAUAAAUUUCGUCCUCUUUGUCAAUAUUGUAAGAGUGCUUUAUGUAAAAUUAAAAUCAGCUGUUUCUGAAGAAACACAUCGUUACAGGCGAUGGGCUCAAAGUACUUUAGUACUUGUACCACUUUUUGGAGUUCAUUACACCGUAUUCCUUGGACUGUCUUACAGUAUUGGAGUAGACGAAAGAGUUGAGCUUAUUUGGCUUACUGGUGACCAACUUUUCGCUUCAUUUCAAGGUUUUUUUGUUGCUGUACUCUACUGUUUUCUGAAUGCCGAAGUAAGAACAGAAGUAUCACGAGCUCUGAGGACUACAAGAUGGCCAAAAUUUGGCAGCGGCCGAUGGGGCCAAAAAUCAUCCACACGCUGUAAUAGCACUUGCAGUUGCAAUGCUACUAAAAUCACCAAGGAAACAAGAAAAACAAUUUGGUGGCAAUUACCAUGCCCUUGUUUUUUUAAUGAAAAAAAUAUUCAUCAUUCCAAUCACUCGAUGGCGAGUACUCAAGACGUUACAACGCGAGGAUGUAGUUUAGCCAGCAGUAGAGGAUACCUGGAGUCUGUUGAUCAGGGACACGGCGUCAAUUUGCCAGACAGUUAUGGACAAACGACCAAUCAAAUAUCACCAUUACGUUCCAAAUAUACAGAUCAGUCAAUGUUAUCAUUUUAUUCAAAUAUUUCAGAAGGCUACGGAUUAACAGCAAACAUGACUGAUAAAAUAGAACCGAGUGAAAAUCAUCACUGGAGUGAUUCUGAAUGCUGCAGUUUGUCCUUCGAACUACACAACUUCCAGCCUGUAUGACCGAUUAAAAAAAUUUACCAAGUGAUAAUUAAUUUUAAAUCUUAGCAUAGAUUUUUUAAUUUUAAAAAUAUGUUACUUAUAAGAUUAUAAGUAAAGACAAAUAUCACAUAUGAUUUCAUCAUAUUUUGAAAAAAAAAAUUUUUUAUAUUUCUGGUACGAAUCUAUUUAUUAUUUUGCGAGUACAAAACUUUUUAUCAAAUAACUUCUUUGUACUGGAAAUUUAAAAAUAUUAAUAAGACUCGAAUGAAAUCGUAAACUCACAAUAUAUGUUUAAGGAUAAAUGUACCUCGGAUUCUCAGGUAGAAUUUUUAAUAAAUUAAUUAUCGCAGGCGAAUUAAUAAUAAUUAUUAUUAAUAAUAUGAUAAUAACAAUAAAUUACUGAUAUUAAUGCUUUUCAUAAAAACAAUUAGCCUUUCAUAAACAAAUAAUUUAUCAAUUUAAAACAUCGAGCUAGCAAGAUAUUGUUAUAUUUGAUAUAAAAUGAAAGUUGUAACAAACAAAAAAAAAUACCAAAGCUCUCUAAGUAAUCUUACAGUGUCCGA